AUGGCAGCAGAACAGAGAAAACUCCUUGAGCAGCUUAUGGGAGCGGACCAGCUCAUAGGUACUGGCGGUCCUUCUCGCAAUGCCCAGCUUUCCAUUACCGACUCCAAGGUCUGUCGUUCGUACCUCGUCGGAACUUGUCCGCAUGAUCUCUUCACCAACACCAAGCAAGACCUGGGCCCCUGUCCCAAGGUCCAUAGUGAAGGCUUGAAGACGGAGUAUGAGGCUGCUUCUGCGGCCGAGAAGGCGAAAUGGGGCUUCGAUUUUGACUACAUGCGCGAUAUGCAGAAGUAUGUCGACGACUGUGAUCGCAGAAUCGACUCUGCGCAGCGAAGAUUGGAGAAGACCCCGGAUGAGAUCCGGCAGACAAACAAUCUGCUGAAACAAAUCUCUGAUCUUACUAAAACUAUUAAUACCGGCCUCCUCGAAGUGUCCAUUCUCGGUGAGACAGGUUCGGUUGCGCAAGCGCUCAACGAGCUACACAAGAUUCGCACCGCCAAGCACCAAAAGGAGACGUGCGAGCGAGAACUCAAGAACCUCCAAGAUACAUCCGGUCCGUCAGGCCACCAGAAGCUACAAGUCUGCGACGUCUGCGGCGCAUACCUGAGUCGACUUGAUAACGAUCGCCGAUUGGCCGACCACUUCUUCGGGAAAAUGCACAUGGGCUAUUCGGACAUGCGCAAGACGUGCAAGCGGCUUAGUGAAGAGCUCAAGGGCAGGGCCCCGCCAGUCCGCCACCACGACGAGGAGGACGGUGGUUGGGGAGGUCGCCCUGGUGGUGGACGAGGGCCACGGUAUGGCGGUGGCGGAUACCGGAAACGAGGCGGACGGUGGUGA